UUGCUCUAAAGUCGGUCAAAAUUGUCGUCUAGUGUUUGUGGUGUUGACAUAAAAUUACAAAAGAUUGGGUGUUCGUGCGUACAUUGAAAAUGUUUUUUCAACAAUUUUGCAGAGGUUUGCCGCGUGGUUAUCAGCUGUCAAGCCGCAUUUUCUAUGAUAUGCAACGGGCAACUUUUGCGAGUGCAAGUGGAUAUGAUAAAGGAAAUUCCAAGGAUCGUUCGUCAACUUACACUGACAAUGACACUAGACGACACAGUUACGUCCUCGCCACAUUGACCACAGUGGCAGGCAUCGCUGGAGCUGCAGUGUACAGCCAUUUCUGGGGCCGGGAGCCGGUUUAUGCAGCUUCCCCAGAGCCUGGGAGCGUUAUUGACGGCCUGCCAACGUACUCAUUAGCUGAUGUUUCUAAACAUAAGACCUCUGCAGAUGGUAUAUGGGUCACCUACAAGAAUGGGGUAUACGAUAUUUCGGACUAUGUCAAAAAUCACCCGGGAGGUAACAAGAUUUUGUUGGCAUCAGGCGGCGAUAUAGGACCAUACUGGGAUAUGUACGGGGCUCAUAAGCAGGAAGAAAUUUUCGAAAUGCUUGAAGGUAUGAGGAUAGGAAAUAUUGUGGAAGUUGAACAGAGAAAACAAGGGGAUACAACAGAUCCCUAUAGCAAUGACCCGAAGCGCCACCCAGCUCUCAUUCCAAGCUCAGUUAAGCCAUUUAAUGCUGAACCACCUGUUUCACUCCUUAUGCAGGACUACUUGACCCCAAAUAACCUAUUUUUCGUGCGUAAUCACCUCCCAGUACCAGAUGUGAAUCUGGAAAAAUUUAGAUUAGACAUUGAAGGAAUAGGAGCAAGUGGUAAAAAAGUGUUGACUCUCCCUGCGUUAAAGACAGUUUUUAAGAAAAAGACUGUAACAACUUCUCUUCAAUGUGCCGGAAAUAGGAGAAGUGAUAUGGUGAAGAUCAAACCUGUAAAGGGACUUAACUGGGGUACAGCUGCAAUAAGCACUGCGGAAUGGAGUGGGGCCUCAUUGGAUGAUGUGUUAAAGUACUGUGGUAUAGAUUUGGACAAAGUGGACUGUGAUCAUGUUCAGUUUGAGGGAAUGGAUCGUGGACCAGAUGGGACCACUUAUGGUGCAUCUAUUCCGAUUGAAAUGGCUAGGAUGCUAAAAAAUGAUAUUGUUGUGGCUUAUCAGAUGAAUGGAGUAGACAUUCCAAGGGACCAUGGAUUUCCUUUAAGAAUAAUUAUACCUGGUGUUGUAGGUGCACGGCAGGUCAAGUGGCUUAAUAAGAUUGUUCUAAGUAAAGAUGAGAGUAGCAGCCAUUGGCAACAGCGUGAUUAUAAAGGCUUCAAUUCAUCAGUAGAUUGGCACAAUGUGGAUUUCAGCAAGUCUGAAGCAAUACAGUUUCUGCCUGUCCAGUCUGCAAUUUGUGAGCCAGUAGAUGGACAGGCACUUGAUGACAAUGAAGAGGUCACAGUUCGUGGUUAUGCUUGGAGUGGCGGAGGAAGGGGAAUAUUCCGGGUCGAUGUGUCAGCUGAUGGGGGGAAGACGUGGAUCACGGCAGAUAUACAACCUUCCAAUCAGAGCCAAUACAAAGCCUGGGCGUGGGUGUUCUGGGAAGCUACAGUGCCCCUCCCUCAGGGUAGCUCAGGGAAGGUCGAGUUGGUGUGCAAGGCGUGUGACUCACAGUACAAUGUUCAGCCGGAGAGUGUUGAGGGGAUUUGGAACCUUAGGGGAUGUCUGAGUAAUGCAUGGCACCGUAUUUCCGUGUCAAUUCCUACAGAAUAGACUGCAGUCUAGUUUAAAUGAUGGUUUUAUGAGGUUAUUGUACUGUUUUUUAGCUGUGUUAUGUCUUACAUUAACAAUUACUGCUUAAACGAAAGAAAAAAUAUAAAAUCUUUAAGAAAUUUUUAUAUAUAAAAUUAAAUCUUGUAAUACAAAAUUGCUCAUGAUCGAUUGAUUAUGAAUUAUUAUUUCAAACAAAAGAUGUAUUUUUGGCGGGCACUAUGGAUUUCUUUGAUCAAAUUUGCUUGUAAUUUGUCUUAUCUAGGCUAUUUCUUGGCCAUGCAUUGGUUGAUUUUUAGCUUGACUAUUCGAAGAAUGAGGAGAGCUUUACUACUCACCCUGGUGUCUACGUCAGCACUACUCCUUGUUAAAGUUUUGGCUGUAAGCACCCUUAAGACAUAAUCACAGCAAUUACUUAAGACACGAAUUCUCAUCCAGCCAACCUACUAAGUACAAUAAGUUGGAUUUAUAACACUCAUUUGAAUAUAAUGCAAGCAAUGGGUUUUAUUAUUUGACUUAGAAUUAUUCUGGUAACGGUUUUGUAUGUAAGCACACAUAUAGGUUAAUAUCUCAGAAUCUUAUUGAUGUAUCAGACUUUAUACAGUGGAAACUCACUAAACCGGACAAGGUCCGGACUGGGCAAAAUUUCCGGUUUAGUGAGGAUUCCGGUUUAGCGAGGAUUUGAUGUACGGGGUAAGUUUACUUAAAAUAUUAACUGAGUUAACCUUUAAAGGCUUUUGUCCUCUAGGGACAGUUCAAUUCUCCGACGUUUAGACGGAAGUUGAGACAUAAUUAAAGUACUUGCAAAAGUGAUAAGCAUAAUUAAACAUUUCUGCGUUUUUAUAAUCAUAUCUUGAAAUAAAACAACUCGCGUAAUUUAAUGCUUGUUUAGUAUGUUUGAUAGUUUAAUUAACGCACCGCUCUUAUUUGAUUCAAUCAUAGAAGUCUUUAGAUAAAACAACCCUCCAAAAUGAUCACUAAAUAACCGUUUCUAGUUCUUUAUUUUCUGCAACAAACAAUUUAAUGUUUCAAUCAAUUUUCUUUUUGAUUAUCGUUUGAUUAUCGCGCGACAGUCAAUCCACAGCGCAAUCAUCAUUAUCGAUUAUCGAGUUAACACAACAUCACAGGUGUAAUAUAUAACGACGCACCAGCUGUCAACACAAAGUGACACGCAAUUCGCAAAUUCCUAAUACACAAAAUUAUUUUGACAUGUCCGGUUUUGUGAGGUAAAAUAACGUUGAAAACUAACAAAUUUUCUCGAUUUUUUGUCCGGUAUCCGGAAUUCCGGGGUUCCGGUUUUGUAGGGAUUUUUUCACAUUGAAAAUAGAAGGAGAAAACUGGGACUCUGAAAAAAGUCCGGUAUCCCGAGGAUUCCGGUUUUGUGGAGAUCCGGUUUAGUGAGUUUCCACUGUACAAUGAUACUCAACCACUUGAAUAACCAAGCCCUUCAUUAUUCCUCUUAGAAAUUCUGGUUAAGAUUUUGCAUGUACAUGUAACCACAUUUAAGUGAAUAUCACAGCAAAUACAACAUGUAUUGCAUUGAAACUUUAGAAAUGCCACGUGAUGUGUUCCCAACCAUCAAAUCUUCAUAAUUGAAUAAAUGCAAAUAAUUGAUCUUUAUUAUUUGACAUAAAAAUUCUGGGAUAGGCUUUACAAAAAUUCUGGGAAAGGCUUUGCAUGUUUGCAUUGAGACUUUAAAAAAUGUUAUUCAACCAUACGAUCUUCUUGAAUAACUAAGUUCAGAUGAAUCUAUUUUGCAUUUAAAACUAGCCCUUCAUAAUUUGUCUUAGAAAUUCUGGUCUACGGUAUGAUAAUCAUGACUGUAGUUAACCUCAAUUAAGUCAAUUAUAUAUCUCAGCAAACUCAUUAUAUAUUGCAAUGAAACAUUGAGCGCACUGUCUCUGUGACAGCUCUUGUUAUAAACUUUGUGCAAAUGUUCAACAUAAGAAUCAGGUGUGGCUAAAUGUUCAAACUAUAAUAUUUAUGUACAUUGCUCAAAAUUUCUUAUAUUUUAGCUUCUCCCUGCAAUUAUUUUUCAAUGCAUUUGGGAAUUUAAAAUACUUGUUAAAUGUUAAAUAUGAUAAGACAUUUUGUUGCAUACGACACCCAUGUCUGUAGGUGAAAGGUCACACAUACUGGACACUGGUCAAAUUUGCUUGUAAUUUGGCCAUGCAUUAGAAUGAGUUUGAACAAGCUUGUACAAAUGUUCACCAUAAGAUUCCGUAGUGUCCGGUUUAAGACCUAUAUUGGUAGGUCAAAGGCCAAAGGUCAAAGUCACACUUACGGAACAUUUGUCAAAAUUCUUUGUAUAUUGGCUUGUCCAAGGUGUAACUCAGCAAUGCAUUUGGAGAUUGUUAGAUUACUUUGCACAAAUGUUCACCGUGAAUGUGUGUAUAAGCUGCUAGACCCAUAUCAGGAGGUCAAGGUGAUGUUUGGUUCAAUUUUACUUCUUUGUGGGUUUGCAAGAUUGUGUAUGUUAUUAUAGACAUGUUCUUUUAUAUUUGAAGCUGUACUAUGUACUGUUUUAUAAUGUACUGUUUUAUAACUCUCAUGUAAUGUUUUAAACAAAUUGUAAUAUCAGUACUCAGAACUCUAGUCUUGUUCAUAUUAAAUUUAUUUGCAUUACACUUUAUAUAUGGGAUAAAGGAAUCAUUAUAUCUCAUCAUUUGAAUGUUUUAGACAUCAUUUAUAUAUCAUUCAUUCACAAGGAAAUGGUUUUAAAAAGGGGCACAAUAUGGGUUAAAAAAACAACAAAAAACAUUUAUGAGUACAGAACACGACAGAUAUCACGAAAGUUCAGAAAAAGUCUCGUUCAUUCGGAUGAAAACCUCUGAUAUUUUGUCGAUCCGAAAGAAAAUUUGCAGGUGCCGGCAAUUUUUGUUUGAAAACUUGCCUUUUCAAAGCCUUUGUUGCUAAUUUUACAUUUACAAGAAAUAAAAACGUAUUAAGAUAUUAACCAGUUAAACUUGAAAACAAAUAACAGUUCACAGAGCUAGUCACGGAAAACGACAUCAGAUUUGUUAACAAAUGGUUAUUUAACAAUAUCAUUGAUAAAUAAAACGCUAUUUCCUGUUAAACAAAAUAAAUUAUUCUUACAUUCAAGCGGUGUUUGAUAAUUGAUAAAGAUUAAAUCUUCAUUUUAUUUUACAUCUGGCUGUGAAAACUGUCAGUCAGAUGGACCGACCCCAUCACAAAUUUAGUCAAACUGAGUCUGGGUUUCUAAUUUAUAGCUACAUUGCCACAAGUUUCCCGGUUAAAAAAGCGCCGAAAAUGACUUCGGAUUUUUAUCUGUACACAAAUCAUAUGCUUUUUGUUUUCAUCAUUCCAGUCAAAUGAAUUAAACAUAAUAAUGCAUGAUUUUUAGCUCGACUAUUCGAAAAUUAAGGAGAGCUAUCCUAGUCACCCGAGCGUUGUCAUCGGCGUAACCACUUAUGUUAAAGUUUGCGUACCACCUCUAAUAUUUUUAAAGUCCAUUGACAUGCCCCCAACCUGUACACAGGAGGAGAUAACUCUAUCAAGCAUUUUGACAAAAUUAUGCCACUUUUUCUACUUAGAAUUUACGUUAAAGUUUGCGUACCACCUCUAAUAUUUUUAAAGUCCAUUGACAUGCCCCCAACCUGUACACAGGAGGAGAUAACUCUAUCAAGCAUUUUGACAAAAUUAUGCCACUUUUUCUACUUAGAAUUUACGUUAAAGUUUACGUACCACCUUAAACAUUUUCAAAGUCCAUUGACAUAUGGCUUUGAAACUUUGCACACUUGUUCACCAUCAUGCCCCCAACCUAUACACAGGAGGAGGUAACUCUAUCAAGCAUUUCGACAAAAUUAUGCCUCUUUUUCUACUUAGAAUUUACAUUAAAGUUUGCGUACCACCUCAAAUAUUUUCCAAGUCCAUUGACAUAUGGCUUUGAAACUUUGCAUACUUGUUCACCAUCAUGCCCCCAAUUUAAACACUGGAGGAGGUAACUCUAUCAAGCAUUUUGACAAAAUUAUGCCCCUUUUUCGAUUUAUAAUUUACAUUAAAGUUUGUGUACCACCUCAAAUAUUUUCAAAGUCCAUUGGCAUCUGGCUUUGAAACUUAGCACGCUUGUUCACCAUCAUGCCCCCAACAUGAACACAGGAGGAGGUCACUGUAUCAAGCAUUUUGACAGAAUUAUGCCCCUUUUUUUACUCAGAAUUUACAUUAAAGUUUGCGUACCACCUCAAAUAUUUUCCUAAUCAAUUUAUGUAAAUAUCUCACCAAAUCAUGUAUUCAGUGUACAAAAUUCGGAUUUGAAUCCACUAGCCCAUUCGGGCAACCAGAUAGGAAAUUUUAAUAGCCCAAACCGGCAAUUUCACUAGCCCAAACUUUAUGAUUUAAACUGGGUCACAUGUGAUAAGAAAUUAUGUCACUAGGUCAAAUCUGUCAAAAAUCUUGUCAGAAACAAUUUUAUGGUGGUGAGUGGUCUGAUUAUGUUCAAAAAUGGUCAGAAUGUCCGUUUGGGUUAAAUUCGACUGCGUUUUAAAAGUGUGUCAUGUGGGUCAAAAACUAGGUCACUAGGUCAUAUCUUACAGAAAUCUUGGGAACACUCUAGAGGCAAUACAUCUGCUGUAAUUUCCAUGAAACUUAAUCAGAAUGCCUCAAUGAAAUCUUGGAAUAGUUUGAAACUAGUAGGUCAUAUGGGUAAAAAAUGAGGUCACUGGGUCAAAUCUUAAAAAAAACCUUGUGGACACUCUAGAGGCUAUAUUUUUUGCAAUAUAUCUGGACCAAUCUUCAUGAAACUUGAUCAGAAUGUUUGCCUUGAUGAAAUCUUAGAUUAAAUUGGAAAUAGGUAACAUGGAGUCAUAAACUAGGUUUCUUGGUCAAUUCUAAAUGUUGCAUUAUAUACAAUAUUUUUUUUUAUUUCAAACAGUUGCAAUCAAACUCAAACUUAUAUAUAUUUAUAUUUCAUCAACAAUUGAUUUCCAUUCCUUGACUUAGCCCAAUCAGGCGGGGGAUAUCAAUUCAACGAAUUUGCUUGUUUUUCUUCUAUCAAGUGAAAACCUAUAUUGUGCCCCUUUGAUGUAAAAAGUAUGACAUGAAUUUCAGAUUUAUAUGCCCACUUAAGACCCUUAUUUGAAUUUACAUUAUUUUAUUCAAUAAUGAUUAUAUUUUUCUUAUUUUUAAUUAAUCUUUCUGAAUUGAAUUAGUUUAACCAUUUAAAGGACAAAUUUGUAAAAACAUAAGCUACUAUGAAAUAUAAUUCGGUUUGAGGUAAAUAAUUGUUAAAUAAAUCUUGCUCUUAUAGUAUUAUGUGUCAUAUAAAUAUAUUUACAUUCAAGAGUUACAAUAUUUCUGUGUCAAAAUAUAAUACAUUCAAAAGAGUUUAAAAUAUAUUUAUAUUUGAAAGAGUUCAAAAGAGUAACUAUAUUUCUUUGUUAAUAAUAUAUCUGCAAUGCAUUCAAGUGUUACAAUAUUUCUAUGAAAAAAAUAUAAUUACUUCAAAAAGUCUGCCAUACUGUGAACACUAGUGGACUGUUGACCGCGAGGAGCCUGGCCUAUUGUUAUCCAACCAAAGAACAUAUUAAUGCACCUGAGCACGAGCACGAGCUAUUGUGAUCGCCCUGUGUCCAUCGUCAUCGUCCGUCGUCUGUCGUCAACAAUUUGACUGUUAACACUCUUGAGGUCACAAUUUGGGCACUAUCUUAAAACUUGGUCAGAAUGUUACCCUCAAUAAAAUCUUGGAUGAGUUUGAUAUUGGGUCAUCUGGGGUUAAAAACUAGGUCACCAGGUCAAAUUAAAGAAAAAGCUUUUUAACACUAUAGAGGUCACAUUUAUGACUGUAUCUUCAGAAUACUUGGUCGGAAUGUUAAUAUUAAUACUCUCUAGGUCAUGAUCGAUUCUUGGUCAUGUGCGGUCAAAAACUAGGUCACCAGGUCAAAUUGAAGGAAAAUCUUGUUAACACUCUAGAGGUCACAUUUAUAACUGUAUCUUAAUUACAGUCGGUCAGAAUGUUUAUAUUAGUAAUCUCUAAGUCAAGGUCAAAUCUAGGUCAGUUGUGGUCAAAAACUAGGUCAUUAGGUCAAAUCAUAGGAAAAGCUUGUUAGCACUCUAGAGGUCACAUUUAUGACUGUAUGUUCAUGAAACUUAGUCAGAAUGUUUUUAUUGAUUAGCUCUAGGCCAAGAUUGAAUCUGGGUCAUGUGCGGUCAAAAACUAGGUCACCAGGUCAAAUAAUAGGAAAAGUAUUUUAACACUAGAAGUCACAUUUAUGACCAUAUGUUCAUGGACUUGGUCAGAAUGUUCUUGUUGAUGAUCUUUAUUGGAUCAGGUGAGCGAUUCAGGGCCUGCAGGGCCCUCUUGUUUUUUCUAGCAUGCAUAUUGAAAGUCAGUUAGUUUAAAUGUUAUAUAUUUUACAACAAUUGUGCUAACCACUGCGCUAACCAGACAUCCUAAAAGUCAGUUGUUUUUUCUGUCUGGUUUGCGGCCGAAGGCCAAAUUUGAUUGCGCAAUCUGUUUUUGUAUUCUUAAAGAAACAACCUUUUUCAAGUCCUUUCAUUAUUAUGACUCCCUCAACAAAUGGGAAAAAUAGUGUUUUUGCUAUGAAUUGUCUGUCUGUCAGUGACAAAAUGUGAUUGAUGUGAAGAGUGCAUGUUACAGCAAGGUCAAGGUCAUGGUCACACUAAGAGGUCAAUUGACAAGAUCUUAUGAAUACAAUUUAUGUCAGCUGUGUAUCUCUUGAACCUCUUGAAGGAUUUUGAAAUAACUCACCACAAACAUUCACCUUAUUAACACCAUGUGCAGGGUGUAUGCUUAAAUCAGCUGGGUUCAUGGUCAAGGUCACACAUAGAGAUUAAAGGUAAUAUAAAUUGAAUAUGACUAUCAUUCGUGUCUGCUCCAUAUAUCUAGAACCUAUUGUAGAAUUUCUAAAUAACUUGCCACAAAUGUUCACCAUAUGGAGACAAUGUGCAAAAUGCAUGUUACUUAAAGUUCAGUUUAAGGUCAAGGUCACCCUUUGAAGUCAAAACUCCUAUAUCGCUCUUUAAGGUCAAAGUUGAUAUGACUAUAAUAUGACUAUUUUUUGGGUUUCCCCCUUCUCUUGAACCUCUUGGCCUUAAAGGAUUUUGAAAUAACUCCCCACAAAUGUUCACCAUAUUAAGUCGAUAUGCAGUGCGCAUGUUUCAAUAAGCUAGAUUCAAGGUCAAAGUCACAACUACAGAUCAAAGGUUGUAUGAAUUAUUAUGACAAUUUGUCAUGUCUGCUCCACAUCUGUUAAACCCCUUGAAGAAAUUUGAAAUUGCUCGCCACAAAUGUUCACCGUAUUGAGACGAUGUGCAAAGCGCAUGUUACAACCAGCUUAGUGCAAGGUCAAUUGUUAUGUGACUACAAUAUCUACAUAAAAGAUUCUACAGUUUAUCAGUCUGGAGUAGUACCAAUCUAUUACAGUUUCCCCGCAAGCAUUAAGAACAUUAUGUCCCCAAUUGUGACAAUCCAUCUCCAUUUGAAUGUUGCAGUGUAACUAAACAUACAGAAACUUAAGUGUUCAGCAGACGAUUAAACUCUAAAAAGUGGAAAAUAUUGCAGCAGUAGGUACUUUUUGUGUAUGUUUUGAUGUUUCUGUUUUAAAAUUAUCCAUUUCCCAAUGUCAAAUGUUUUGUCAAAAGUCAGACAACCACAGGCUGAGACACCUGUUUUUGAUUACAAAAACAACCAUCUAGUUUCUGUCUUUUUUUUAAAGCAUUAAAUAUUGUUAUUGUUCUGGGCAAAAGUGGAAACGACACAUUUAUCCAGAUUAUAAAAUAAGAAAGGACAACGGCCCCAUUCUCAAUAUGACUUUUUUAUGGUACAAAAAAACACUAAAAAUUCUCAUCACAUGUAAUGAAUUUCUUAAGCAAAAUGCUUUUAACCUCAUUCUCCAUGAUCAUUUAUCGCCGCCACAUCCAUUCAAGGUCACUUUCAUUAUUCACAUCACCUCCUUUAUCUUCAUAACAUGUCAUCUAAAGUUCAACAGUUUUGUUGCAUGUUUUUUUUUACUUUCUUUGGUGCAUUCGUACUUAUUCAGACUUUUUAAAUGCCUUUUGACUUCAGACUUUUGGUGCAUUUCACUUUUUUUGGUGCAUUAACUCUAUCUCAUUGCCAUAUUUAGGAUUUAAUAAUCAUCUAUGUACAUUAUUAUAUUUAAAUUGUUGAAACAGAUUCUUUAUGCUGUGAAGUACUACUUUUUACUCUACAUAUCAUGAACUUUUAUCUAAUAGACCUUCUUAAAUCAUAUUUUGAAGAAACAAUUUUCGACCUUUAACAAAGGAUAUAUGUAUACAUAUUCUUCUCUACACAAUUUUAUACCAUUAUAAUAUAGGGUCAUCAGGUAAUCCAAUUUUACAUACCUGCACAUCAGAUUCAGAAACCAAACAGUUAAAAGCUUAUGUCUAAGUUAAAAAAUUUACCAGAAAAUUGCAAAACAUUAAAUUUUAAAACAAGUUCAUAAUGUGUCUUAUGUGUUUAAUAUGUUGUAUUAUGUAUGAAUGUUAAACUUGUAUCUAAAUGUGCAGCCUGAAGAUAUCAAAUAAAGAUAUUAAUGAUA